UACGAAUAUCACUUCCCUUAAACAAAAGUUAAAUCUUUCCAUUUACCUUGUUAUCUAGCCAAAUUUCCUAACGAGAUAUGGGGGAACUACUACCUAGCCUCCUGCCUAUAAAACAACAAAUUCAAUACAAUUUAAUGAUCAACAUGGAAGGCACCAAUAAUAAUAUUGAUGAACGAAAAAAACAUAUUGUUCUAGUACAUGGUGCAUGCCAUGGAGCUUGGUGUUGGUUUAAGCUCAAACCACUUCUUGAGGCUGCUGGCCACCGUGUUUCGGCCUUUGAUCUCUCUGCUUCCGGGACCAACUCCAAAGUAAUACAACAAGUCAUCACAUUUGCCGACUAUACUGCCCCGUUGCUUGAAUUUUUGGCCGCCAUUCCCCCGGAAGACAAGGUCGUGCUGGUUGGCCAUAGCAAUGGGGGUCUUUGCAUUGCUCUUGCAAUGGAAAAGUAUCCCGAAAAGAUCUCUCUCGCUGUUUUCCUUACUGCCUUCAUGCCUGAUACCGUACAUAAGCCUUCUUAUGUUUUCGACAAGUUUUAUGAAAGUAUUCCGAAAGAAGAUUGGCUGGACACAAGUUUCCUCCCUUAUACGAACGACCAAAACGAAUCCGACAUCAAGUUGCUUUUCGGGCAAAAGUUUUUGUCCUUAAAUAUGUAUCAGCUUUGCUCCGAUGAGGAUCGUGAAUUAGUGAAAAUAUUGGCUAGGCCAAUACCAUUGUUUCUAAAUGACCUACCUAAGGCACAACCAUACACAGAAGAAGCAUACGGUUCUGUGAAGCGGGCUUACAUCCUUUGUGACGAAGAUAAAACCAUCAAAGAAGAAUUCCAACGAUGGAUGAUCAAGAAUAAUCCAGUGGUCGAGAUGAAAGAGUUAAAAGGUGUGGAUCAUAUGCCCAUGAUAAGCGACCCAAAACAGCUCAGUACUUGUCUCCUUGACCUAGCCCGUGGAUAUGAUUAGUUGACACAUCUCAAUGUCAUAUUCAAAGAUAUUAUUAUGGUGGUAUAUUGCAUUGGUAACUAACUAGUUAUUGAUACAAAUACUCCUCUGUAAUUCAAGUUUGACUCUUAUAUAAAUUUUUUGUGAAA